ACAUGGACGAGGUUGUAGUUGAAGUGGAGAAGGCGAAGAGAGAAUGGGAUGAUGCGUACGAGAAGACGAUCGAACAUAUCAUGGCGAUACAAGAUUACGGCAAAUCAAGGAGAAGAGGCGGAGAGGAGAAGGUAUCGCUGCAAAGGCUCAACGGAUUGGCUCAGGAUGGUCUCUCUCUUCUCAAUUCUCUGCAAUUCAAUCUCGAUCUUCUCGCUCCCCAGCUUCCUUCUGUUGAUCAGGUCCAGUCCAGUCAGUCACUGCUUGAAACCUGGAAGAAUCAAUAUCAGAGUUUGAGAGUAAAUUUGAGAAGUGCUAAUUUGCAAGCAAAGGAUAACAUGAGGAAAGCAGCUCAAGAAGAGAGAGAGCUUCUCCUCGGUGGUGGAACAGAGUCCACAGAUCUCAGACGUAAACGACAAGCAAAAGCUGGCUUGACAUCAGAUGCUGAAAGCAUAACUGAAAGUCUCAGGCGCUCACGGCAGCUAAUGGUUCAGGAGGUGGAGAGAAGUACAAACACACUUGUGGCUUUUGAUGAAUCUACUGGAGUACUUAAGAAAGCAGAGAGUGAAUACAAAGGACACAGGUCUUUGUUGUCGAGGACUCGUAAUCUACUUUCUACAAUGCAACGUCAAGACGUAAUCGACAGGUUGAUCCUCAUAAUUGGGUUUUCUCUCUUCGUCCUCGCUGUUGUUUACGUUGUUUCAAAGCGCAUAGGAAUCUUGAGACUGCAACAGAUGGCUACUGCUGCCAUUAAAGCUCGAAUGGCCGGAAAAGCAGCAAAUGGUGAUGCUAUGCCUUUAGGACAACAUUUCGAUGGAAACACAGUUCCUAAUGUUAAUAUCCCUCAACAACAACGCCGGCACGAUGAACUC